AUUCUAUUCCGUGCACCGUGGCUGUUUUAUCAAGGGUUCAAGCUAUUUAGUCCCAUCAAAUGCCGCAAGACUCUCUCCGCUCUCUGUGAAUGGACGACAAUGGAGUGUCUUUUUAACGGUACAAUGCAUUUCACCGUUCAGAUAGGGGGAGUCCGAACGGGUAGAUGUGGGAAAUGUCUUGUGAUGCUGGCUGAUCGGUAUCAAUGAACGCGUUUAUAUUGCGAAUAAACUGAGCGAAGACGAUCAAAGGCGCUUUUUCAGCACUCGGGAUGCGCGAGGAACAGUUGGGAAAAGGAUUCAGGAGAGGACGAUCAUAACAGGUCCGAAGCGCGCGCGCGCGUUUGUAUACUUUAACCCUAUCAGCAGUAUAAGAAAAUGAUCAGCUCAAUCAUGUGGACAUGCCUCGUUAUUCAAUGAAGACAAUCUUUCCCAACGCAUCUUGUGGCUACACGCAGGACGUCUGGAUACAUUUAUAGCUGACAGUGUACUCCGGUUCCUGGUAUCUUACAGAGUAAAGACUCAUCACCGCUGUCAUCGCUUGUUUCUGUACAGACUCAGUGGCGGGGUGAGUCACGGUAUCUUCAACCUGACGGGCCCCGGACCAGUAUGCAGUUAGAGUGAUCAGGAUGGAGGACUCUAGUUUGUGCCUUGGUGUAUCCUCUGUGGUCUCGGAUGCUGACAACCAUCUCAGCAACGUAGUACUUAAUGGCCGCUACCCAAUCAGUCAGAAACUGCACCAGCUGACUGCCCAGCUGGGUCAUGCCUUUCCUGAAUUACAGAGUCGCCAACAGAUCCCAGAGGAGAAGGCAGCCACCCCACUGGAUGAGAAAACUCAUGCUGCCUUAGCAAGUCAGCCAAUCAGCAGUCAGAUGGCCUUACUGGCCAACCAGCUUAACCGUGACAUGGAUGUGGGUGCCCUGAGUGGUCUCAAUGGCCGUGUUGAUUUGCAACAAUUUCUGAAUGGGCAGAACUUAGGAAUCAUGUCACAGAUGAACGACAUAGAAGAUGAUGCCCGCAAGAACCGCAAAUAUCCUUGCCCGCUUUGUGGUAAACGCUUCCGCUUCAACAGCAUUCUAUCUCUUCAUAUGCGUACACAUACUGGAGAGAAGCCCUUCAAAUGUCCCUAUUGUGACCACCGAGCAGCUCAGAAGGGUAACUUGAAGAUCCACCUUCGUACCCAUAAGCUGGGAAAUCUUGGUAAGGGCCGUGGUCGUGUACGAGAAGAAAACAGGCUUCUUCAUGAACUGGAAGAGAGGGCCAUUCUGCGUGAUAAGCAAAUGAGGAACAGCCUGUUGCAGCCCUCUCAACCUCUUCCACACCACAUGGGAAUACAAGGUCACAACCAGCAACAGCCCAGCUCUGCCUGUGGAAUGAUCACUCCAACUAGUCUUGGUGGCUCCCCUGAUACACUGACCCAGCCGUCUGCCUCACCUAAGCCCGCAGGUACCAACCUUCAAGAUGAUCAAGCCCUCAACCAAGCCCAAGGGUUCCGCUGCACUUUCUGCAAAGGUAAAUUUAAGAAACGUGAGGAGCUAGAGCGCCACAUUCGCAUUCUCCACAAGCCCUACAAGUGUACCCUGUGUGAAUUUGCUGCCUCCCAGGAGGAGGACCUCAUCAGUCAUGUGGAGAAAACUCACAUCACGGCAGAAUCAGCCCAGGGACAGGGAACAGGGGCAGGCAGUGGAGAGAAGCCCACCAAUGAAUUUCGCUGUGAGGUCUGUGGCCAGGUCUUCAGCCAAGCUUGGUUUCUGAAAGGACAUAUGCGGAAACACAAAGACUCCUUUGAACAUUGCUGCCAGAUCUGUGGACGUCGUUUCAAGGAGCCCUGGUUCCUGAAGAAUCACAUGAAGGUGCACCUCAAUAAGCUGGCCAUCAAGAGCAAGCCCCCUGUUGGUGGAGGAGCUGAUGAUAAUGGACCCUCUGUUAACAGCAUGAGUAGCCUGGCUCAAGAAGCCCAUGCCAACCUAUAUUCACGUUACAUUUCUUGCCUGCAAAGUGGAUUUCUUUCACCUGACAAGCAAGGCCUGGCUGAACAGCAACAUCAUAUGCUGGCCAAGGCUAGUAUAGCUAUGAAGGAGAAGGAGAUGCUUGGAAAGCUCCUGAGCCCAAUGACCAGCAUUGGCCAUGGCUUAGGAGAAAAUGAGAAACGCUCACUUUUGGGUUGCCUGAACUUGGUGCCCCCUCUGAAGUCAAGCUGUAUGGAGCGCUUACAAGCUGCUGCUAAAGUGGCAGAGAUGGACCCCCUGAACAGCUACCAAGCCUGGCAAAUCAUGGCACGUGGAAUGGCCAUGGAACGCUCCUUCAUGCCAAAAGAGCAGCAUCAUGGGGGGCAUGGACAAGAAGAUGAACUUGCCAGUGCUGCUGGGAUUGUUCCUUUUGGGAAAGACAAGCAUGAGCACCCAACAUUAGGUUCUAGUGAUGGUUCCAAGCACAAGCAACACCCUGAAGUACUACCUGGAGUGAAGACCAGUGCAGGCAUGAUGCCCUUGAAAGAUGAGGGUGUAGGCUUUGAUAACCACCGUGAGUUCUUGCCUCACCAUGGGGGUCUAGGCCUGGGCCAAGGGCUUGAGUUCAGCCUGGCUGGCCUGAAAGAGAAACCAACUGAGUGUCCUGACUGUGGCAGAGUCUUUAGAACCUAUCACCAAAUGGUCGUCCACUCCAGAGUGCACAGCAAAGACCGUCGAACCUUAGAAGAGAGCUCCCAGCAAGGUCUGGACGAAAGGCGUGGCUCAGCAAGCGACCCUGAGUCUCAGUCCAUCAGCCGAUCCACCACCCCAGGCUCUUCCAAUGUGACGGAGGAAAGUGUUGCUGGAGGAGGACACUCCCAAACAGGCAGUGUUCAGGAUGACAGUCCCCACCCAUCUUCUCCAUAUUCUGAUGUUGGGGAUGAGAUGGCAAAACCUGUGACUGCCAUCCAGCCACCCUCUACCCAGCACCGGGACAGGAACAUGUGUUCCAGCAUGAAGGACUGCCCCUACUGUGGCAAAUCUUUCCGCACCUCCCACCAUCUGAAGGUCCAUCUAAGAAUACAUACAGGUGAAAAGCCCUACAGGUGCCCUCAUUGCGACUACGCAGGCACUCAGUCAGCUUCUCUGAAGUACCACCUGGAGCGCCAUCACCGUGAGCGACAGAAUGGAAGUGGUCCCUCAGCCAACCACCCUCCCUCCUCUGAACACAAAGAUGACCAUGGAAAGAACAACAGUGGUAGUGGUGUCUUUGCUCGUCCUGAUGUCCUUCGUGGGGUCUUUAAAGGCAUGAUGCCCUCUGGUAUUGACUUCAGAGGGGGUCAAAUGUUUCCACAUCAAUGGGCUCCACCAGGAAUUCUCUGCCCUAGGGAAAGAGACCGUGAAAGGGAACGAGAUCGCCAUGGACCAGGGGCAGAGCCUACCACAGAGAGCAUGAAGAGUCCGGAGGGGCCAACCUCUGCAGGGGACAGUCCUGCCAGCUUCUCUGACCUGGGUCGGGCCUACCAGAGUAUGGUGGGAAAUGGAGUCAACUUUCAGGGCUCCCUGCAAGCUUUCAUGGACAGCUUUGUCCUCAAUUCCAUGAAGAAGGAGAUGAGAGAGGGUCAGCUGCAUAGCCAGCAUUUUAACCAGGAGAGUGCUGAGGCAAAGACUAAAAGAGCCAGUGAGGGAAACCAGAAGGAGAAUCCCUCCAGUGACGCCAAGCCAGCUGAGGGUGGCCGCUCCCAGUAUGAGCCUCUGGAUUUGUCUGUUAGGCCAGAAGCAGGAUCCAUCCCUGGAGCCUCCAUCACAAUACAGGACAAUGUUGCCUGGCACAGCUGCCUCUUCUGCUCCUUCACAACUGCCUCUGUCGAGCUGAUUGCCCUCCACAUUCAAGCUAACCACCUGGGUAAAGGCAAGUGUGGCCUGGGUAAAGAUACCAAGGAACAACUCUUGGGCGAGCCUUUCCAUGCAGGCAAAGUUACUGGCCUGGCUCCUCCACCACCAGGCCUUCUCCAUCACCAUGAGGGAGCCCCGUCAAGGGACAGAGAGUCUGAGUCUGGGGAUCUGAAGGGACAAACAGGCUGGUCCAACCAUCUGAAGCAGCCCCCGCAUGGAGCCUCCAUGGGAGUGUUCUCCAGUGAUUUCUACAAGCCCUUUGUCCCUGUGUAUGAUGGCUCUGCUAGAGGGCCUCUUGGAUUUCUCGACCAGCAGAAAAUUCAGCUCAAUGAUGGGGGUGGUCUAGGCCCUCUGGACGACCUAUCUGACAAGGUGUCUUGCAGUGAGAUUGAGGCAUCUGAGGAACGUGGUGCUCAGUCUGAGGAAGAUGAAAUGGGUAGCAACAAAUCAUUGCCCAACCCCAAUACCACAGAGCGGCUUAUGCGUUCAGAUGAAGAAGAAGAGGCAGAGGAAGAAGAAGAGAUGGAGAUGGGUGAUGCCGAGGAGGAGGACCUUGGAUCCAUGCAGAUGCUUCCUGAAUCUCCACUGUCAGGGAAGGACAUCCAAAGAUGUAAGCUAUCCAUGGGCCCCCAAAACUCUGGGCUUUCUCCUCCUCAGCCUACCACCCCUGAGAAGCAGUGGCAACAGCAACAGGCAGGCCUGGGUCUUCUCUCCCCAGGUAGUGGUCCUCCUGGCCUGGUAAAGCCUGAUCAGGCCCACCUGGAGCACCAGAUGAACAUGCUAUCUGUCCUGCGGGCCUACAGUUCAGAGAACCUUGCAGCUUUUAACGGAGACCUAGGCAACAGCUCCAACGGAGGAGGCAGUGGCACCAGCAACAUGAAAAGAAUUGACCCCUCUGGUCAUGGAGGUCAAAAGCCAUUCCAAUGCCGGUACUGCCCCUACAGCGCCUCUCAGAAAGGCAACCUGAAGACCCAUGUGCUCUCUGUACACCGCAUGCCCUUUGACAACAGCCAGUACCCUGACCGUCGCUUCAAACGCUCCCGUAUAGACUCUGAUGUCUAUGUAAACACAGAGGAUGGGAACCCUCCCUCCUCUGGCCAGGGAAGCACAGGGGAAGGUAUUUCUGGUGAUACUUAUUGCUCUCUUGAGUGAAACGACAUACAGUAAAGCUUGAUCCAGGGAUUUCUUAAGACCUUCAGGGGUUUGAAGUGAUGAUGUCAUUAUUAACAAGUGGAAUCAUGUUAAGACACCACAUCAUAAAAGCAUUCCCAUCGUAUUAUGCUUAAAGAAACACCCAACUGUCUAAUCCAACUGUUAUUCCAUAUUGUGUGUGCAUCAAACUCCCAAAUCCAUUCACUACGGCCUCACUAGGUGUUCUAUGUGAAGCACAGGACAGAGAUGAUGAAGCAGAGAAACCCGAAUCCUGUUUCUGAUGAGUUUGAAACUAAAUACACAGCUUUUAUUGGAAUUUCCCAAAACGAGCUUUGACUGGACAUUACUGAUGAGAAAAAAAAGAAAUGACAACUUUAAAAAAAGGAUUGUCAUUAAAUUCCCCAUAGCUACUUUUGUCCCAAAAAUAAUGCUUUUAUCAGAAAAACGAUCCACGGCAAUGAUUUCGCGACAGUUGGAAGGAAAUGAAAAAUGGAUGGGAGUUGUUGAGAGCACCCUUCAAGAACAUGACACCACCAGUGGCCAUUUGCCCAGCGCCACUGACGCACAGGGAUGGAGUGAGCGCAUAGAGGGAUGUGGAUGGUGAAGUGGAUGGUGAAAUGGAGGUUGGGUGGGGGGGGGGCUUGGUGCCAGCCUGACUGGAGCUGUCAUCACAGAGGAAAUCAAUUCAACCCCCCUCCUACGCUGCUCCUACCCCCCCCCCCCCUUUUGCCUCUUUCACAACACGUCAAGAAAAACCGUAGUCGCCUGUACAGCCAGGCUGCAGAUAGGUCAGCCGAAGACCUGUCUGACGUCUAGUAGCACUUAUUAUCAGCCUCCCUCCCAAUCUCAAAGAAAUAACUAAAAAAUAAAAUGUAUGAUGGCCAAUAACAUUGUAUUAUAAUCAGUGCUUUGUUUUUUUUUUCUCAUUGUUGUGCAGUUUUAGAAUGUAAUUUGUAUGAGUAUUCUUUUGGGGCAACACAGAGCGUUGGGGAGAUGCAUUAAAUGUGCUUUGUUUCUGUUAAAUGCUUCAUAACAAUGGAAAAUGUAUUUUUCAUUGUUCUUUAUGAAGGUGCUGCUUUACUUCUAACCGGUGAACAUUAGGUAAAGUGUGCAGAUCUAAAUGGAGGUGGCCAGUACAGACUCUAUGUAACUACAGUACUUAGCGAGAGACUGAAUGUGUUAUAUGUAAAGUGUGAUUUGGAUAUAAUAUGAAGGAACUGUAGCGCUUUUGUGGGGUUUAUUGACUUGCUGCAGGACUUCCUUCUUUAUAGAGCUCCUGAGAAAGCAGCAUAAUGAAGGCAAACUGUAGAUAUGAAGUGUGUAGAUAAUCACUUUUACUGCUACCUGUCUGUCUGUAAUCUAAACUUCAGGAUGGCAUUUAUGGGUUUGUCUGUUUUUCCUAAUAAGGAUAAAAAUACUGGAUUUUGUAUGAUGUUUUAUUUGUUUUUAUGAUUGAAUAAGCCUUUUUUUCCAAUCAUCAUGGCCCCAUUUUUUGCCCUGAAUGUUCCUCUACUGAAAGAGAUUAACAACACAGGCAGUUUGGAUCAUAUGAAAUCAAGCCUCUUAAAGAGCAAAAUAAAGUGUAUCAACUUUUAUUGUACUUCCUUUUAUUGAAGGCUAGCAGGGGUUAGAAUGUAAAUAAGUAUAGGGCUUUUUUGCUUGCCCGUGUAGGGCGUUAGAGAGUAACAGGGGGUGGGGGGAAUAUGAAUGUUGUGUGAUAAACAGAAAUUAUCCGGAGUUUAAGAAAGUCAAUAUCUUCCCGCUCAGCACAGGGAAGCUCAGCACUUAAACCCCAGGGCCUUAUGGCAGCUCCAUUCACGCCAAAAGGAGUUUAGGGAACUCACAAAUAUCCGCUACACUCCUCACUAAGCGCUAAAUAAAAACAUAAACCUUUAUCAGAGCCCUAAGAACAGAACAUCUUUGGAAAAAAAUAAACUUAAGCAAAGUUUAAAAAUAAAUAAAUGAUAGAAAAGACGUAGAAGUGGUGUGCGGAGAUGCUACAAGCUCUGACUGUAGAGCCUCCAUGCAAUGGUUAUUUAAGUCACCAUAACACAAGAAUAUACUUUAGUCUUAUAUUUUUGGUCUGAUCUUUGUUUGUUUGGGG